CCCCCCCAAUGGCUCGGGACAAGGAGAAGAGGAGCUGCGGGCAAGUGUUGGCUGAGUGGAGGGCGUUCCUCUGGGACCCCCGGACUCGCCAGUUCCUGGGCAGGACUGGGACCAGCUGGGGCCUGAUCCUGCUCUUUUAUUUGGUAUUUUAUGGCUUCCUGGCCGGGCUCUUCGCCCUCACCAUGUGGGUGAUGCUGCAGAGCGUUGACCCCCACGUCCCCAAGUACCAGGAUCGCCUCCUGACCCCAGGGCUGAUGAUUCGUCCCCGGGCAGAGGGCCUGGAUGUGACCUUCAAUGUCAGCCAGAGCCACACCUGGCUCCCAUACGUCCAAGCCCUGCACCAGUUCCUGGAGCCCUACAACGACAGCCUGCAGGCUGCCCGCAACGCCCCCUGUGUGCCCGGGAGGUACAACGAGCAGCCGGACGACGCCGUCCCCAACUACCCGAAGCGAGCCUGCAGGUUCAACCGCUCCGCCCUGGGCGCCUGCUCCGGACUGGGACACGCUGGGGCGGACUGGGACUACGGCUACGGCAGCGGCCGGCCCUGCGUCCUCGUCAAAGUCAACCGGGUCAUCAACUUUUUCCCAGGGAGGAACAAAAGCAUCAACGUCAUCUGCAUGGCCAAGCGGCCUCGGGUGAAAGGGGACCUGGGACAGUCAACCACUAGAGAGGAGGAUGUGGCCCUGCUGGGACCCCUUGAGCUGUACCCCCCCAAUGGCUCCAUUGACCUCAUGUACUUCCCCUACUAUGGCAAGAGGGUCCACGUGAACUACACGCAGCCGGUGGUGGCCGUGCGCUUCAGCAACGCCAGCGCCAACGUGGAGCACCACAUCGAGUGCCGGCUGCAGGCCGAGGGUCUCCGCACCGACGACGACCGCGACAAGUUUGCCGGGCGCGUGGCCUUCCGCCUGCGCAUCAACCGUGACUGAGCCCUGCCCCCCAGCACC